AUGUCUAACGCUGCCUAUGAGAUGAAACCACCAGUUAACCAAGAUCGCACUACGAUCUCAUUGAAGCAGAGCACCACCCACAUACCGCAUGCAGCUCAAGUUGACAUUGAGUCUGGUCAAAUUGCAAAACCGAACCUACUCAACACCAACGGCUUGCCCAGCCUCGCUUCGGCCUUUGGUCCCAAGCCCGAAGCCAUAUACGACGGCGACUACGGUACAGGCGAGAUAAAGCUCCGUAUCGGCAAUGGUGGUGCAGGCCAAAGUGGUUUAAUAAAAGGUAAACAAUACAUACCAUCACUAUAUCCAUUGUAA